GAUACAGCACAAGUCACUCUCGCUGCUCCAGCCUGACUGACCUCAGUCACCAUAGGAACGCCUCCUCCAGCAGCAGCGCCUCCUGUGGGUUAGCCCACCCUUCACUGCCACCUCCCUCCACCUCCACUGCACCACAUCAACCAGCAACUCCCACCAAACCAGAGAGACCACCUCCACCCUCUGCAGCAGCCCUCAUGUCCAACAGGUCCUCCAGGAGGAAGAAGGACACUGUGGAGAGGCAGCCCAGCUGUGUGGACGACACUCGCAUUGAUGCAGGUGACAUUGUGGAGAAGAUCGUGCAGAGUCAGAACUUCUCUGACAGCAGCAACAACGAAGACAGCAACUUAAGACUGUUUGUCAGCAAAGAUGGGACCACGGCCCUCAGUGGGACGCAGCUCGCCAACAGAGGAACACCUGGUAUUUUUGAGCCAGUGGUCAUUGAGACUCACUGAGAGAGCCGUCAACACACCUUCAGCCUCAUCAAAUGCUUAAUGUUUCUGUGACAUGUGAUUGUCUGUGUAUGUGCAAGCAUGUGCAUGUCUUCAGUGCACACAGCUUCAUAUACGACUACUGUCAUAUAGAUAUUGAGCCUCUCUACUAUAUUUAAUCAGGUGGUGGGUGAUGUUUAACUCAUGAUUACAUUAUUUUAUGGACUAGCAGGCAGGGUUGUUUUUAACCUCAGACAAGGAGAUAACCAGCCUUUAUUUUUAGUUUUACUGGUGUUAUACACACAUUUGAAAAUAAUCCAAUCUGCUUCUGUUGGUCAUAUUAAUUUACAGAGUUCCUGUUGUGUAUUGGUUAGAUUCAGCGUGAUCUGGUUUAAACUAAAACACUUCCAGCAGUUUAGAUAGAAUAGUUCUUUCCCUUUCUUGGGAAGCUUUUGUUGUGUACAGCAAAGAAGAAUCAGAAUUAAUUCACCAGUGCAACUAUAGAGCCUGGCAGGCACCAGGAGUGAACAGCUGUUCUCAUGCACAGGAAUGACUCAUUCAUGCUCCUAAACUUUAUGUGCACAAAUUAGCAAUUGAUAUAAAGUCAGUGUAACAGCAGAAACUGAUGUUAUGGGACGUUGUGCCUACGUGGGUCAGUUAGGGGGUAGUACCCAGGGUGUUAGCAUCAUACCAGCAACCAUGUUCUGGUGCGAAAUUGAAUUCCUUCAUUUGUGUCAGUGUUGUCAGGUUAUCUCAUUCAUUUCAUUUGCCUGUGUUCUUCACAUGCUUUGGCAGCUAAUCUGUUCGGUGCAGUCAUAGAUGGAUUACAGAGCUAGCCGACUGGGUGCACACUGGGCCCCUGGGCCCCUGGGCCGGAGCUUCAGUUUGAAGUGACUGUUCUUUCUUGUUGGGAAGUCAGUCAAACAACUAUAAGGAGACAGAAAAUGAUUACACAGAGAUCCACAAAAUGACCUCAAAAUGGUGCAAAAGGACUACAAAGAUGCACAACAACUACAAAGACAUGCAAAAUGACCACAAAGACAGCAACAACCAAAAUACAUCUUUUGGCUCCCAUGUCGGAUAGAUGUGGAGUCUUUAUCGUGUCUGUGCUGAUAUUGUAUUCACUAAAAGUUAGGAGGUCAUGGGAAAUGUAAAUGAUCGAAAUGAGCCACUUGGAUUUAGACAGAUUUUACCCGAUAAACAAUAAUCGUUGAUGUGGGUAAAACCUGUGCUGAAAAGUGAAAUCUAGUUUUACUCAUCCAAGAGCAUGACUUGCCAGGUUGAGAGCAUCAGUUACUAAUUUGUGCACACAAAGUAGUUGUUUCUCUGCUGACACUUUGAAAGUAUUUCUGCUAAAAAAGAGGAACUAUGAGCAAAACAUGACUCUGUUAUACUAAUGACCAUUAUGUUGAUAAUAUCUGCAUGGUACUGAUACCAGCUGUAAUUUAGGUGUUUGAGUCUACUUGAGAAUUUGCAGUAAUCCAGUAAUAUUUUUCUUUACAUUGGAUGUGUCUCAGACCAGUCCCUGAUCCUUUUUAGCAGCAUCAGUGAGCAAGUUUGAUAAAGCUGUGGCAGUUUUGUUUUUUUAAUCUAUUCUAUUAGCUGCAGCUACACUUUCAAAGAGACAGCCCAAAUGCAAACUCAUGCUCAAUGCACAAACAUUAAAACCAAACUCCAGGCGUUCAUGCUGCUGAUGCGAGUCAUUCAGUAAACCUAUUCACAGUACAAAGAUUUGCUGUGUACAUUACUGAACAAAGAAGCAGUCUAAAGCAGUGAAACUUUGACCAGUGCUCUGUGCACAGAUUACUUGAAUAACACUCUGAAACCACUGCAUCGUGGAAAUUGUAGUGCAACACUGAAACAGCA